CUGGGAAAGCACACCUUGGGAGAGCUAUUGAUCCCUGAGAACCCAGGAGGACUAGCAUCUUGGGAUGAACACCCGGACGACUAUGAAGAUCAUACUGACCAACUGCGAGGUGUCGGAGGUCUCGCCAAGGCUUCUGCUUCUUUUAGACUCCUCCCAGGAAAGUGAUCACCCAACUAUGCUGUGAUUUGGAGUACAGGGCUUUACAGAGUAGAAAGCCAGGACGUAGCUUCAUGGUUUUCAGCCAUUUUCCCUAACUGAUGUCUGGGAACUCUGAAGCAUUCGGGCCCCACCUGGUCUUCUGGGGACCACCGGGAUACUGAGAUUAUGCUGUCACACCUGGGAUAUCACCCCACUUCACCCCUUGAACACUUUUAAGCCAGGAAUGUCCCAGACAGGGGUAGACACCUAAGUGUUUCAAUCAUGCACCUGGAUGUCGAUGGAAACUUUGCAGUAGGCUCCUUCAGAGAAGGGACCAUCCCUGUCAGGCACAAUGGCUUAUCUAAGGUCCAAACCAGAAGUUGGCUGAAACCACCCGCGCGAUGCCUCAGGAUAUUUCGAGGGAGACGCCAUAAGAACGCUCCAGAGGACAUGGUGCAGGAGCUGAAUGUCGACAUCCCCUGCUAUCCUUCCCCGAAGGACAAGAAGCCACACAGGGCCAACAGAGUCUGGCGCUGGCUCAGGGGGGAAAAUGGCUCAACGAGGAAGAGGAAUAAGACCUCGAUAGUAUGGAACACUCGUGCCACUUCAUUGGAGGCCGCAAUAGAUUACCUGGUGACUGCCGUCAUAAAACAAGAUCUAAACUAUGUUCACACGUUUUUGGAAAUAUACCGCACCCUUGCUACCACCCAGGAGGUGCUGGGCCUCCUCUUUGCAAGAUUCGGAUGUGUUUACUCCACGUAUGACGAGGUCGGCGGACCCCAGGAGCAGUGCAACAUGGCCGUCUAUGCCAUCCUGGAUAUGUGGGUGGAAAGGUAUCCAGGGGAUUUUGUGCAGCCUCCAGAGUUUCCCAACUUGCAUGCUGUACUGGCCUACCUGCAGGUCAAUGUGCCUGGCUCGGACCUGCAGCGCCGUGCCCAGCUUCUGCUGCCAGAAAGGCAGCGCGCUGAGACCACAGAGCCAGAGGCUGGGGCUACAGCACCGGCCCCAGAGCCAGAUCAGGAUGUGCCUCGGGAAGUUGUUCCAGCAGCCACUCUGGCACCCGCUGCACCUCUGGGGCCUGAGCUGGCCCCCGCCAUCCCGGCUGCGGCAGCUCACUAUGGGUUAGGAAGACCAGUGACCCCCCCUGACCCUUUGGGGCCAGGGCAGAUGGUCGUCAGGGCCCUCGUUCACUUCUCUGCUACGGAAGAGCCACCUGGCCUUUUGACUUUCCUGGAUGACCCGCAGGGUCCUGCCCACGAGCUGCCGCCACCUGCCUCCGUGGAGGAAGCAGGCUCCGCUCCCGAGCAGCACCCCGUGCUUGCUACAACCAGAAAUCAUGUCUUUCCCAUCGCCCUCGUUGCUUUAUUUGUAUUUCUUCUGUUUUGUGUAUAUGUAUAUAAUUACAUACUAGAUUUAAUUAAAGAAAGUAGAAUUUGAGUUUACAUAA